AUGCCUCCGUCAUCCAGUCAGCCAUCAAGCCAGCCAGAGGCCGGGGCCUCUACGGAUGAGAAGAGCACUCUUCCGUGGGCGGCGAUUCCUCGGUAUGUGCCGGGGGUAACUGACACGACGGAGUAUGCCAAGAAGCUCAAGUUUCUCUCAGAGGUUUGGCCUAAGGAACACUUGAGUGCUUUGGGACCAAGAGUUGCCUUACUCUGCGAGGGUACUGCAUUCAAGAAGAUUAGCAGGUUGGAUGCUGCUAAGCUCAAGGCCAACGACACCUCGGGAGUCCAGUUGAUUGUUACCACCUUAGGCGGGGCCUGGGGUCAGACAAUCCUGGAAGAGAAGUAUGAACAGUUCGAACGAGCGAUCUACAGUACUGUUCAGCGGAACGAUGAGACUCAUGACUCCUACCUGGCCAGACAUGAUAUUCACUUCGAGGAGUUGUUAGCCCAGAACAUCUCGUUUGAGGAGCUCAGAUCGUAUGUGCUACUGCGCCAGUCACAGCUGAGCAGUGAGGACAAGAAGCGGAUUGUGAUUGAACACAGUGGAAAGUUGACUUACGAUAAGGUGAAGGCCUCAAUCAGACUUCUGGGUUCCAGAUUCUUUGGAGAGAUGCAAGGUCAACGUAGCAGCCAGCGCAACAAGGUAUACGAUGCCAACACCCUUGAAGAAGACAGCACCGAUGAACCCGAGAAAGCUUUCCAGGCAACCGCAUCUCCAAGCAUUCCAGCCGUCGAGGAGAAUGAGUAUGAGCUGGAGCCUGAAUAUCUCGAGGCCAUGGUGGCUUCAGAAGAUCAGGAUGCUUUGCAGGUUCAGGCCUUUGAGGAGGAGCUGGAAGGCUUCUUCCAGGAGACACCAGAUUUGCAAGAGGCAUUGGUUUCCUACUUUGAGGCAAGGAACAGACUGUUGGCUAAGAAGAAGAGCCGAGGCUUCUGGCCAAUCAGUGGUGCGGGUCAAAGCAGCAAGGGUGGCCGUCCGUUCAAGGGCGGUAAGAGCGGAAAAGGAAAGGGCAAGAACUCUCGCGAGCAGUUGCUCGCGCGGAUCGCCCGCAGCGUGUGCAGAGCCUGCGGAGAACGUGGACAUUGGAAAGCGGAAUGUCCCAAGUUUGGACGUCCAGGAUCCAUGAGUGGCAAAGGCGAGGCAGCCACUACCACAGUGACUGAGGUCAUUGAGGAAACCGCCGCCAACGCGGCUUCCGGAUCUCAAGCUGCGGCUGUGCUUACCACGGUGCCCGAGGAUGCGAUUCCAUUGGCCGAGGCCAAUGUUGCAAUAUGCCUAGACCAGAGGGAACAUGUUCUUGGAAGCCUUAGAAGGGUAGCUGCCAACCUGAAAGCCCGAGCUGCCCAACCCAAACACGUGCAAAACAGGCAGCGCAACGCUGGGAAGGCCUCCUCGACUGAAGGUCCGGGCUCUCUGAAAGCUUCAACCAACAUGCAGCCUCAGCUCCGAAUCCCAAGAAGCUCCUUCAGGCCCCCAAAUGCGGUUGCGUAUGUCCUCAAUGAGCCUGUAAGAGCUAUCCUAGACACCGGAGCUAGUCGCUGUGUGAUGGGAAAGCGCCUCCUUUCUUCCUUCGUCAGUCAGCUGAGCGAUGCCACCCGGGCAAUGAUCAAGGUCACUAAAAGCGCGGUUAAGUUUCGGUUUGGGAACAACCAGACGCUUACCAGUGAGUUGCGGGUUCUUUUGCCAUUCCGGGCAGCGCAUCAACAGGUUUUGUGGCUGAGCAUUGAGAUUGUCCCAGGUGGAACACCGCUGUUGUUUAGCAAGAAGGCCAUUAAGCAGCUAGGAGGUGUAAUCGACACUUGUGAGGACGUGUGCCACCUGAAGUGUUUGCAGAAGAGCCUCCGGCUCAGCACCGGACCGACCGGUCUCUACAUGAUAGACCUAGCCCGCUUGUGCGAGGAAAGCGGCCAGGAGCAGAUGUGCCAUCAUGCCAGUGAAGAUCGCCCUGAGCCUCACUUCAGCACAGACCUGGAGGGAAUGUCGCUGGAACGGAUGGGAGAUCUUGUCAUCGACUUUGGCAAGGCAAUGAAGGGAAAGAGGUACGAGGACGUGAUCCAGAACGAAGGGGAUUGGGUGAAAUGGUUCAUAGACCAUUACAAAAGCUCAGGAAAGCACGCUCACAAAGCAUUCUUGACAUAUGUCGAAAAGUACGUUUCACAAGCAGAACAGAUCGAGAAAGAGCUCCUUCACGACGAAGGGGCCUCCGAGCCUGCUCCGAAGGCUGUCGCCGGUCGCCCGAAGCCGAAGGCCGCUCCACGCCGGACCCUUGCAGCAUCAUCCAAUCAAGCACAAGUGGAUCAGUGGGAUCUGCUGUCCGUGAGUGGAGAGACCGAGCCGGCUCUCGACAACCAAGUUUCCGCGCUCGCAACGCGCAUGACGCAUAUCGAGCAUGUGAUGGAGCAGAUGUUGUGCGCGAUUCAACAAAUGCAGUCGCCGCCACCUGCUCAGGCCACUCCAAACAUGUCAGGUUCUGUGACUCUUCAAACUGUUGAGCCCCGGGCCCGUGAGCUCCUUCACAGCGAGGCUAGUGCCACCAGGCUAAAGGAAUUCCUAGAUCAGGUCCCCUGGCAUGCCAUCCGGAGUCGGUUCUCACCGGUUCGAGGCACCGUUCAGCCUUCGUGCCAGGGAAGCGGCAAGCCAACCGCCUAUGUCGUGUUUGGUACUUACAUUCAUGGCGGGGUCGUAGGGAUAACUCGCGUAACAAUGAAGUUCCCUUGGUUAACCCGAGUCCUGGCCCGUUUAAUGCAGCUUACCGAUCCACGACAUCGCUUUACAUCCAUUGGGAUUGCGUGCAAUAGUUUGUCUUGUCCUCAUCGAGAUCAAUACAAUUCCUCGAAACAUCCCAAUUUGGUAGUACCUGUGAAGGUUCCUAGCAAAGGGGGUGAAGUGUGGGUCGCCCGAACCUCCGACGAUGAGCCUCAGGCCACCCAGACAAUGAGCUGCAGCGGUAAACAGGUUCAGGGUUUCCUUAGAUCAAUCGGUCAGGGUUCCCUAAAACUAGAUCCUCAUGUGUGGCACGCGACGAUGCCCUGGAGAGGCGACCGCACAGUGGCGAUCGGAUACUCGCUGAAACAUGCCUAUAAGCUUAGGACGGGUCAGGUGGGUUGGUUAAGACGCCAUGGUUUCGCCUUUCCUAGCCGGGUUAAUUUCGGAAAGGAAUCCACGCUAGUGGCCAAUGAGGCAUGCGAGUCGAGAUUUCCCGAGCCACUGUCUGAGGAUGUGCCUUUGAAGCAGGCAGCCGUGCGAGCUGCCCAUGCCUGUGCUGAAGCAGUUCUGCGAGCCGAGGAGGUUCAUCGCCAAUCCCAGCUCAUGUGGAGCUCACCGAAUGUCCCACUGCUAGAUCUUCUUGAGAUACAUGCCUCCCCAGAUAGCCGGUUGACGAGUGAGAUUAAUAGAUGUGGGGGAUCUGCCCGUAGGUUUACCACCCUAGAUGGCGAUCUAGCUACGGAACAAGGACAGCAGUGUUUGUGGGAUUUGGUGAAACGAACCCAACCGAAGCACAUUUGGAUCUCUCCGGAGAGUCGCUGCUGGAGCUCCUGGUCAGCUCUCAAUGCCGCUCGUAGCACCCAACACCAUGCCCGAAUGUUGAAGGACCGGGAAGCCUCGCAAGCGCAGCUCAGAUUGUGCGUCCAGCUCUGUGACUGGCAGAGGCGACACUUACGGGAUUUUCAUAUGGAGUUGCCUGGACAGAUCAAGGUGAGGGAUAUGUCCACCCUUAGACCGCUUGUAGAUAAGACCAUAAGAUCCCAAGUAGACAUGUGCGCUUUUGGUUUGCAGUCUCCCGUGAGUAGGCAACCCAUCCGCAAACGAAUCCAGGUGUUUAGCACUUCCCGUGAUAUGUUUAAGAGUCUUCAAGGUAAGAUCUGCCCCGAAGAUCAUGUUCAUCAGCCUCUGUCAGGCCGCGUUCUCAAAGGGGUGCCUUUGUCACAGUUUGCCGGGACAUACUGUCACGGAUUUGCAGAGCACGUUGCCGCCGUCAUUGUGUCGGGAAACGCGUUUCCCGCAUUGGCUGUCGAGAGUGGGAUACCUGCCACCCGUAAGCGGUUUAAGACCUCCCUAGGUAGUCCCGCCCCGGUUGUUAGGAUAGAGCCCCAAAAGCGUGUCCACGAAAAUUCCCUAGACGACAGCCAGCCCUCAGAGUCGAAGCGCCGCUGCAGCAGUGUCGUGCAUGCCAUGUCAGAGUUGCCCGAGGCAACGUGGAUGCCUGUGUUCACAUCAGCCGCUAACUUGACAACUAAGGGUACAGUUUUAAUACCUCCCGAAAGCGAAGCCGCCCGAAAGCUACAGCAAGUCCUCGAGAACGUUAAUGUACUGCAAGCUUUUGUGGGUCGUAAGGUCCGAAACCUACAACACCCGCUUGGAGCCCUGCCACCCACCGUAGCACCAAUGAGACUUAGUCUGGGACUUCGUACAACGGCUGAUAACCAGGUCAAGCUUUUGUGUCUGGGUAACGAAGAUCGCACUACGAUGUUAGCCGAACGAAAGAAGAUGCGUAUUGAACCCCAGGACACACUCUUGACGAUUUUCGGCAAGUCUAAGGAUUCCCCAGAUGUUCCCCAAAGUAACGUAGCAGGUGAUACCCAGGCAAGCAGUUCAAUACGCAGCUCGGAGGGGUGUGUUCCUCAAGCCGGCUCCUUGCCGGACAUGCAGGGAUGGGCACCGCCGCCCAUUCCAAUCCAUGGGCCUGCCUUUCGGAAUCUUAGUAAAGAAGAUCGUAGUCAACUAAUCCGCAUACACAACAACCUUGGCCAUCCAGCCCCGACUACCCUAGCCAAGCAUCUUAAAGCAGCUGGAGAGAAGCCAGCAAUGGUAGAAGCAGCCCUCGACUAUCAGUGCGACGCUUGUCUUGAAGCCACGGAACCCCGACAUCAACGACCCAGCAAACUACCUGAAGCCCUAGAGUUCAACGACUUGAUCGGGGUAGAUGGUUUCUUCUUUAAGAGCAAGUCUGGAUUCCGAGCGUAUGUGCUACAUGCUCUAGAUGAGGCCUCGUGCUUUCACUUGGGCCGACGGGCAUUGACCAGGGGCACCACACACGCCACGUCUGCCCUGUCAGACUUUUGGCUAUCGUGGGCCGGCAACCCACGACGAGUUUACCUUGACCCUGCAGGAGAAUUCCGAUCGGAAGAGAUUUUAGAGUACUUUCAGGGUCUCAACAUUAAGACAUUUGUGACAGCAGCGGCCUGGCAACGGGGUAAACUUGAGAGACACGGGGAUAUCAUCAAGGAUAUGCUGAGUCGACUUGACACACACAGCCCCCUGGCCAAUGAUGACCUGUUUGACCAAGCGUUGCUUCAAGCAUUUCAGGCCAAGAAUGCCCUAGUUCGGCACCAGGGAUAUGCCCCGGAGCAGAUUGUACUUGGUAAGUCACUUAGGAUCCCAGGUAGCAUUACUUCGGAUGACGAUCUUGCGUCACACUUGUUGGUUGAAGGUGAAGAUCUUGAGGCCGAAAGACACCGCAAGCGUCUCGAGUUAAGGUGCCGCGCUAGACAAGUGUUCUGGGACUCUGACAACAGUCAGACCAUCCGUCGUGCUCUGUUGCGCCGCAGCAAUCCCGUGCGUGGACCUUAUAAGCCGGGAGACUGGGUUCUGUACUGGAUGCGUAAAGGGUCUCCUAACCGCUUAGCUGCAGGAAGGUGGCACGGGCCCGCCCGUGUAAUAUCUCAGGAGGGGUCUUCUAUCACUUGGGUAUCGCACGGGACAAUCAUUUUACGGUGCGCUCCAGAGAACCUGAGACCCGCAAGCCUGCGUGAGUGGCAGCAGCUUUCAGCUGCUGAUGCUGAGCUACCUUCUAAGAACGCAGGAGGUGCCAACACAUAUGUUGAUCUCACCAGCCUUAACACCAUCUCUGCUCAGCUGAUGCCAAGUACCCAGCUACAGUCUAGUGGCGAAGUGAUGGUACCCAUACCUUCCCCUGCUGUUCCUCGCCCGACACCGGCGGAUGACGAUGAAAUCGCCCAACCCGAACAAGAACUUACCCCACAAGUAUCCCACAAUCCUGAGGGAACAGACAGUGGACGAGAAGUUGAGCGCGAAUCCAGUGUUCCUCCUGGACCCGCAGCCCCUUCUCAGAUUCCUGAAUCCGUUCCAAUCGUCGUCCCUGGAGCUCCAGCUUCAAUGUCCGAUGCCCCUAGCACAGCUCCAGCUGAUGCCUCAAAUGUUCCAAUCCCCGAAGAUGAAGAUGAUGGACUGCUAGCCGAAAACAUCUUUCUUGCGAGCAGCCCGCUGGGAGCAUCAGACGACGAUGAUCUAGGACUGACAACCUUCACCACGUUGCAAACCAGUGCGUGCGCCUCUGGGCCACCCUUGGCCGAGGACAACCUCCCUUUUGUAGAGCAGCCGUUAACGUGUAGUGAGCACCAAGCCUAUUGUCUUGAAAUUCCAGUAAGGGCUAAAGACCUAAAGAAGUGGGCCAAGGAAACUGCACCCGAACAACUCACUCUCUUAGCCUCCAUAGGCAAAAGAGCCCGAGCUGAGGUACAUGUGAAGGAUCUUUCCAGAGCAGAGCAAAUUCUGUUCGAAGAAGCAAAGGCCAAGGAGUUGCAAUGUUGGAUUCAAACGUCUGCCAUUAAGAGUAUCUUGAGAAAGCAGCUGAACCCCGAACAAAUCCUUAAAAGCAGAUGGAUCCUUACUUGGAAAAAUCCCGAACCUGGGGAAACCCAAAGGCGAGCCAAGGCCCGCCUGGUCGUGUUAGGGUAUCAGGAUCCUAAGUUAACGGAUGUUGUUAGGGAUGCCCCAACUCUUUCCAAAGAGGGCCGUGCCUUGGUUCUGCAGACGAUUGCCUCAUCUCGCUUUGAGCUGAGCUCCUUCGACAUCAAAACUGCCUUCCUCCGCGGUAAAGCUGAUGAGCAGAAUCCUCUAGCUAUGGAGCCCCCAAAGGAGUUACGUAAGGAGCUGGGAAUGAGCGAUGAAGAAGUGUGCCAACUUUUGGGCAAUGCUUAUGGACGGGUUGACGCGCCGCUGCUCUUUUACAAAGAGCUCAGUAAGCAACUUCGUGAACUAGGAUUCAUUCAGCACCCACUUGAGCCAUGUGUGUUCUUGCUGUAUACCGAAGGAGUCUUGAACGGUAUCCUAGGGGUUCACGUAGAUGAUGGAGUAUGCGGCGGAGAUUCCAAGUUUACCCAAAAGAUUCAAGCUCUCCAAACUAAGCUGCCCUUUGGAAGCCGAAAGUUCCGAAACUUCAUCUUUACCGGUAUCCACCUUGAGCAGUUCCCAGACUACUCUAUUCGUGCUUCCCAAGGUGAGUAUGUCCGAAACAUCCCGCAAAUCGACAUAGGCCGUUCCCGUAGAGUAAACCCCGAAGCCCUUGUCACAGAAUCUGAGAGAUCAAAGUUGCGGGGCUUGGUGGGAAGUCUCCAGUAUGCUGUGACUCACACUCGUCCCGACAUGGCAGCAAAGCUUGGCGAGCUUCAAGGUCAAAUCACUCAGGCCAGUGUGCAGACUCUUUUGCAAGCCAAUAAAGUGCUGCGAGAAACCCAGGAGCAAGAGCAAGUGAGCAUACAUUUUCUCCCAAUUCCUCCUAAAGACAUCACCUUUGUGUCAUUCGGCGAUGCAUCCUUUGCAUCAUCGAAGAACCUUAAUUCCCAUCAGGGAGCACUUGUAUGCGCCACAGACAGCCGAUUGAACCAAAACCGCGAAGCUCCAUUGUCCCCUCUUACCUGGACCUCUAAGAAAAUCCCUAGGGUUGUUAGGUCCACAUUAAGUGCAGAAGCCUACGCAAUGUCCAAAGCUGUGGACAUGUUGGGAUGGAUGCGAGCCUUGUGGGGUGUUGUGCAUGUGCCCACUUUCAAGUGGCAACAGCCAGAGGAAGGUUUCAAGAAAUUAAAUACAGCCGUCAUAGUCACUGACUGUAAGUCCUUGUUCGAUCUUGUCACCCGCCUGGCAAUGCCCGCUUGUGAAGAGCACAGGACCACACUGGAAGUACUGUUGAUCAAGCAGCGAUGUGCUGAGAAUGCAUGCUUCAGGUGGAUUCCCACCACUCUUCAGGCAGCCGACUGCCUCACCAAAGUCAUGGACGCAACGUUGCUGAGAACAGUACUUUCCCAAGGCCGCUUCAAGCUUUUUGACACGUCUAAAGUCCUGGAGAAGGACGCCCAGCGGCGACAAGCCAUCCAGUGGCUUUCAGAACCUCCCGCUUCCGAGGAGUCUUGA